UAUUUCACUUUCUUAAAUGGCUCCUGUAGAUGCUAAAGAACAACAAGAUUAAAUCUUCAAGAAUGUUGACCUUUUGGAAGGUUACACUUCAAGAUGAACAUUACAAUAUAUAUAUGAUCCAUUGAGGCCAUUGCACAGCAGGCUAGAGUAAACAGACUCUUCUGAUACAAUUGUCAUGUGACUCAUAUCUUGUUGUGUUCAGUUUGCCAUGUAGUAGGGAAGAUUUUUGCUUGAUGACCUAAAUCAUGGAACCUAAAGCCAUGGCAAACUAUGUAGGUUUUGCUAAUUUACCGAACCAAGUCCACAGAAAAUCUGUCAAGAAAGGAUUUGAAUUUACCUUGAUGGUUGUGGGUGAAUCAGGGCUGGGAAAGUCAACUCUCAUCAACAGUUUGUUUUUAACAGACCUUUAUGCAGACAGAAAACUACCCAAAGCUGCUGAUUGUGUAAAGAGGACAGUAAAGAUUGAGACAUCAACAGUUGAAAUAGAAGAAAGAGGGGUGAAAUUACGUCUGACUGUUGUAGACACUCCUGGCUAUGGUGAUGGCAUGGACAAUAAAGACAGUUUCAAACCCAUUCUGGAUUAUGUGAAAGAACAGUUUGAAAGUUACCUCAAAGACGAAUCAGGACUCAACCGACGGCACAUCGUGGACACAAGAGUACAUUGUUGUUUUUACUUUAUAGCUCCAACAGGACAUGGGCUCAAGCCUCUUGAUAUCGAGUUUAUGAAACAGCUACAUGACAAAGUCAACAUUGUUCCCGUCAUUGGAAAGGCUGACACCCUGACCCCAGCUGAACUGAACAGCAUGAAACGAAGGGUUUUAGAUGAAAUUGACGAACAAGGUAUCAAGAUUUAUGAACUCCCAGACUGUGAAAGUGAUGAGGAUGAAGAAUAUGUGGAGCAAACAAAACAACUUAAGGCUAGUAUGCCAUUUGCUGUGGUAGGAAGUAAUACUUUGAUAGAAGUCUGUGGCAAGAAGGUGCGAGGGCGGCUCUAUCCUUGGGGAGUGGUUGAAGUUGAAAACCCAAAGCACUGUGACUUUGUGAAGUUACGUACCAUGCUUGUUACUCACAUGCAGGACCUCAAGGAGGUGACACAAGAGAGUCAUUAUGAGAACUUCCGAGCAGCUCAGCUGUCAGGUGAAACUGAGCUCUCAAAUGGGGACAUUGAAGAUGCUCCAAGGAAUGGCAAAAGAGCUCAUAACGUUACAAAUGCCAUCAUCGAGAAAGACCGUGCCUUGAUGGAGAAAGAGGAGGAGCUUCGGCGAAUGCAGGAGAUGAUUGCAAAGAUGCAGCAACAGAUGAAAAGUCAGAGCUAGUGAGCCUAAGGCGAUUUGGAACCACUGUGAAAUAACUCCCAAGUGAUCAGUAUUAUGGACUAGAAACAAGAAAGUAAUUGCGUGAUAAUCUCAUGGUGACAUCUGUAGGAUUACAUGGGGCUAGCAUUAAUGUGGCCAUUUGACAGUGGCAACAUGGACAAAGAAAACAAAAUAGGUUACAUAAAUUAGGCAAUUAUUUGAUGCUAUCAAAUUAAGAUGUUUUUACUAAAUUUAUAGAAUGAAGAUAACUUUUAGACCCCUUCCCCUCCUGCAUUGUUAAAUCUUAAGAUUUUACUGAAAUAUUCAUAAUUACAUCUGUUUUAUAACAAUGCACAAUUUUCCUUUUUUAUCGUUUUUAUCUUUUGCAAACAGUGAGAAGCAUUUAUACUGUCAUAUUUUAUUGGUAAAUUUCUACUACUGCACAUGUUUUGUUGCUAUUUUGCUGAUAUCUUUUGAAGUAGAAGUUUACGAAGAUGUGAAUGUAUGAAUGUAUUAUCCUUAAAGCACAAUAUUUUUGCCAAAGAGGCACAGGGGAUUCCCAUUUCUAAUUUUAAAUGUUGUUCUUGCAGUUUUUAUCAAGUAUCCCAUGGUAGGUAGUGUUAUUAAAUAGCUGUUAACUAUCACACAGGUCUAAUGGAAAAUUGUUGUAUAAAAAUCUAGGCAAUAUAUUUAUUAACAGCUUUAAUUAUAUUUCGUUAGAUGUAGCUCUCUAUCGUAAUGGUUUAUAAUAUAAAACAUUUUUUCAAGUGAAUGGUGUAGUAGGUUAAUGCAUGUUUAUAGUAUUGUAGUCCGAUCUCUACCAAUUUUUCACAUAGAUGGCGUUAACAGAAUUUGCAAUGAAGUAGUUCAUUAAAAUUGAAAAGCUGUC